CGGCCACAGAUCGACAGGUGAGAGUGGACGGAGGCUGAUCCAGUGUUAACACCUCCCAGAAGCAAGACUUCACCGGAGGGUCUGGUUCACAUUUAUCUGUCCAUCCUCUGCUUAAUUUGACCUUUCCCAUCCCCCCCUCCACCGCAGCCCUGGUCCCGCCUCCGGGACAAACCUCCCAGUAUGUCUUCAUUAUCAGCCGCAGGGCAAGGUACUUCUACUUAAGCAGAGAUAAAAGAAGAAACGCAGAACAGGGGGAUAACAGGAGGUCUGCAGGAAGAGGAAAAGUUGCAGAGAGAGAGGCAGAGGCGAGGGACGAACGGCGAGAGGGAAGAAGUGAAACGAGGCAAAAAAAAAAAGAGAGAGAAGACACUUAGAGAAAAAAACCCGACAAAAUCAGAGGUAAAGUGUGGAAAAAGGGAGGGAGGAAAGGAGAGUGGUGACUUGUUGGACCAAAGAGGCAGAGAAAUAAAGACGUGUAGCGAGACAGAAAAAGGGGGGGGGAGGAGAGCGGAGAGCAACACACUAUAGAAACAAGAGAAAGCGAGGAACUGUUGAGCGUGACAGACUGACAGACAGCUGGCCCGGCAACCACAGAGAAAGAUGUACUCCUUCCUGCUGCUGGGCUGCUUCGUCCUCGCCACCACAGAGUUCCUCCACGGCUCUGCCCACAUGAUCCCCGACGAGAGGCUUUCCACCAAUAGGGUCGUUGUAUCGAAUGUUCUGUCUCAAAGCCUAGAGGUCGGCUCCCCCCCGGUGGUUAUUGUUGAGUUACCCAAAUCAGCCAAGAAGACCAAGAAAGCAAAGAAACAGAAGAAGAACAAGUUCGGUGUGCAGCGCCCCCCUCCUCCUGCUAACUGCAUUCCCUUGUGGGGAAGCUGUAAAUCUCCAGGCAAUGUGUGCUGUGAUUUCUGUGCUUUCUGCCAGUGUCGGCUCUUCAGGACUGUGUGUUACUGUCGGAUGGGGAACCCUCGCUGCUGAGCGUCCGAACAGAACCACACUUCACGCUAAAGCUAACCUCGGGGAGCGCGGCCUCUCGCUUCCUGGGUUUGGUCCUUCAUCUGCAACUUUGCCUAAACUUCACUGCAUGAAAGCACUUUAUCACAGAGGACUGCAGCACAGUGAACCCUCUAACCUCUGACAGGGUCUAAUGCUUGUAGCACUGCUAUGAAACUCACAAAUAAAAUGUUUAUAAAAUGUAUUGUACUUUGAGCUUUAGCAUGCAGAAACAGAAUCUAUUUGCUUAAAUAAUUUUAUAUAUUGCUUUAUAUUUUUUACACAGAAAUACAUAAAUGUGCAGUAUCACACUUUAAUGGGUAUCAAAUAUUUUAAGAAGCCUUGUAAGAAUAAAAUCUCUGUACUAUGUGA